CUUGACUGGCCGGUUGCGGGCUGGGCUCUCCGCUUCAGGCGUCGGGUGGCUGCUCGGUGUGCACCUGAGAGCAGACGCCCCUGGUCCUGAGGCUGUGCUGCGCUGUGCUGUCCCCACCGCCAUGAACCGCUUCAAGGUGUCCAAGUUCCGGCACACGGAGGCUCGGCCGGCCCGCCGUGAGGCCUGGAUCAGUGACAUUCGUGCAGGAACAACUGCAUCAUAUGGACACCACAUUAAAUCAAGCUGCAGCUUGAUUGCCUUCAACUCUGACCGUCCAGGUGUAUUGGGCAUCAUAUCUCUAGAAGACCACAGAAAGGACAAAAAACACGUGGCCUAUCUUGGCUGCCAUUCAGACCUGGUUACAGACUUGGACUUCUCUCCCUUUGAUGACUUCCUUUUGGCCUCGGGCUCAGCUGACAGGACGGUGAAGCUUUGGCGGCUUCCAGGCCCUGGCCAAGUCCUUCCCUCAGAACCUGGAGUGGUGCUGGGUCCAGAGGAACUGCCAGUGGAAGUACUACAGUUCCACCCCACCUCAGAUGGUAUACUGGUGAGCACCGCUGGCAGAGCUGUGAAGGUCUGGGACAUAGCCAAGCACCAGCCCCUGACAGAGCUGCAGGCCCAUGGAGACGUGGUGCAGAGUGCUGUCUGGAGCAGAGAUGGAGCCCUUGUGGGUACAGCAUGCAAGGACAAGCAGCUACGGAUCUUUGACCCCAGAGUAAGGGCCGAGGCCUCUCAGAGCACAAAGGCCCAUGAGAAUAGCAAGGACAGCCAGCUGGCUUGGACAAGUACCCAGGAGCACCUUGUGUCCACUGGAUUCAACCAGAUGCGUGAGCGAGAAGUGAAGCUCUGGGACACCCGACUCUUCUCCAGCGCUCUGGCCUCCCUCACCCUGGGCACGUCAUCUGGGUCUCUGAUACCCCUGCUGGAUCCAGACUCUGGGCUCCUGAUCCUGGCAGGAAAGGGUGAGAGUCAGCUAUACUGCUAUGAGGUGACCCCACAGCAGCCUUCACUGAGCCCAGUGACCCAAUGUGUGCUGGAGAGCGUGCUGCGGGGGGCAGCCCUUUUGCCCCGACGAGCACUGGCUGUCAUGGGUUGUGAGGUGCUCCGGGUCCUGCAGCUGAGCGACAUAGCCAUCAUACCUGUCAGCUACCAUGUACCCCGAAAGUCUGUGGAGUUCCAUGAGGAUCUGUUUCCAGACACAUCUGGCUGUGUGCCUGCUUCUGAUGCUCAUGUGUGGUGGGCUGGCAGCAACCAGCAGGUACAGAAGGUCAGCCUCAACCCAGCCCACCGGCCCCAUCCCAGCUUCAUUUCCUGCAUGAUACCCCCUAUGGAGCCACCCACUGACAUGGCCCAGCCUGUGGAGACACUGAGAGCUGACACAGACCCAAGUGAGGACUUCUCCUCCCCUACCAGCUCGCUGACCUCACCUUCCACGCCAUCCAGUUUGGGGCUUUCACUUUCCAGCACUAGCGGCAUUGGUACCAGUCCCAGUCAGAGGUCACUGCAGAGCCUACUGGGCCCCAGCUCUAAGUUCCGCCAUGCUCAGGGCACCAUCCUGCACCGAGACAGCCACAUCACCAACCUCAAGGGGCUCAACCUCACCACACCUGGCGAGAGCGAUGGCUUCUGUGCUAACCGACUGCAUGUGGCAGUGCCCCUGCUUAGCAGUGGUGGGCAGGUAGCUGUCCUUGAGCUGCAGAAACCUGGACGCCUGCCUGACACAACACUGCCUACACUGCAGAAUGGGUCAGCGGUAAUGGAUUUGGCCUGGGACCCCUUUGACCCAUACCGUCUUGCUGUGGCUGGGGAAGAUGCCCGGAUCAGACUAUGGCGGGUGCCCCCUGGGGGCCUCAAGGACAUACUUACCACACCUGAGACUGUGCUAACAGGCCACACAGAAAAGAUCUACUCUUUGCGCUUCCACCCCUUGGCGGCUGAUUUGUUGGCCUCUACUUCCUAUGACCUCACCAUUCGUAUCUGGGACCUUCAGGCUGGAGCUGAGCGGCUGAGGCUGCAGGGCCAUCAGGACCAGAUCUUUGGCUUGGCCUGGAGUCCAGAUGGGCAACAACUGGCCACUGUGUGUAAGGAUGGGCAUGUGCGGGUCUAUGAGCCCCGGAGCAGCCCUGUACCCUUACGGAAAGGUCCAGGACCUGAGGGGGGCCGUGGAGCCCGCAUUGUCUGGGUGUGUGAUGGUCGUUGUCUGCUGGUGUCUGGCUUUGACAGCCGAAGUGAGCGCCAGCUGCAACUGUACACAGCUGAUGCCCUGACAGGUGGUCCCUCAGCAGUGCUGGGCCUCGAUGUAGCUCCCUCGACCCUGCUGCCCAGCUACGACCCUGACACUGGCCUAGUGCUUCUCACUGGCAAGGGUGACACCCGUGUGUUCCUGUAUGAGGUGCUCCCAGAGGCCCCUUUCUUCUUGGAGUGCAACAGCUUCACAUCACCUGACCCUCACAAGGGCUUUGUCCUUCUGCCAAAGACUGAGUGUGACGUGCAGGAAGUGGAGUUUGCCAGAUGCCUGCGACUGCGACAGACCUCCCUGGAGCCUGUUGCUUUCCGGCUGCCCCGAGUUAGGAAAGAGUUCUUCCAGGAUGAUGUGUUCCCAGACACGGCUGUGAGCUGGGAGCCAGCUCUUAGUGCCAAAGCCUGGCUAGGGGGUACUAAUGGACAGCCCCAGCUACUGAGCUUGAAGCCCCCCGGCAUGACCCCAGUGAGCCAAGCAUCCCGUGAGGUCCCUACCCGACGAGCCCCAUCCUCAGCACAGUACUUGGAAGAGAAAUCUGACCAGCAAAAGAAGGAGGAGCUGCUGAAUGCCAUGGUGGCAAAGCUGGGGAACUGGGAGGACCCACUGCCCCAGGACUCCUUUGAAGGGGUGGAUGAAGAUGAAUGGGACUAGCCUACACACCAGGGAACCUCAGCUGCCACUGCCACCUCCUAGAACCACUUGGUGUCCCUACAUACCCCACAUCUCUGCAAGCUGGAAGAUGCUAUUCUGGCCUUGGCACAUCCAUCCCAGGAGCCCUGGCUUCCUGUAGGCCUCAGGCACUUCCACAGUUCCUGGGUCCACUGCAACUACAGGGAUUGUCUGCUCUUCUGCUUUCUUUGGGACCAGCUGCUUCUCCUCAGCUGCCUGCUAGCACGUGGCACCAAGGGGUGGGAGGUGGAGGUCAGUAGCAUGUCUCUGGGCUGGCCCUGAGCACACUGUCUCUCCUAAUCUUUCUACUGGCCUGGGCUGGUCCCAGCCUAGGCUGGCUUUGUCUGGUACCUUCAGAUACUACAUGCCAACCCAUCUUGCCUGCUGUCCCAGCUCCAGUCAAAGACAUUGGGGGCUGGCCCCCAACCAGGAUAUUUGGAGCAGCUGCAGCCUCAGGGCACUAGGACCAA